CAUACAUAAUGAAAUGACAGAAUUUUAACCUUUAAUACAAUGCAUUAAAGCGCAAAAACACUUGAUACAGUGUGAAUAUUAAAAGUGACAACCGCACAAAACAUUAAUGUAACUUGUGAUACUUUUAAGACGUUGUUUUUGAACAAACAAGUAAUCAAUUUAUCUGUUGGAUAGUAAUAGGUAAUUCUGAUGAAACAGGUCACUCACAUGAAAUCCGGUCACAUUUAAUACGUAAUUUGAGAGAUACAAAUUGCAUUAAUUUGUUUAAUUGCAAUAACGAUAAGGAUUAACAAAUCAAGGUCAAGAUAGUUAAAUAUUUAAGCAGUACAAGUACAGAUACACACAGUAAAUAUGGCAGGACCGUUAGGAUUUUUCAUUGUCGAUGUCAAAACUCGGAAAAUUUUGGCAAUUUGUUUAGGUGUUACCUUGUUGUUGUUUGCUAUCGGGAUACUUAUUGGAUAUUUUUCUGGACAUGGAUCUCAGUCAACCAGCAAAAGUCCUUCACAAGAGAGUGUUGCUGAUGCGAUUCGAUCCUCGUGUCACGUGAUGACGAAGCAGACACCUACCGGAAGUACUUAUUUUGAUCGCUAUCUGGAACGGCAUAGCGGGAAGACCGCAUGCGUGAACAAACCGGAAGGAUGCUGGGACUUCGGACUUCCUAGAAACUAUAUCGCCUAUCAUUUACAAGGCAAAGUAAUCAAUAUUGAUGGAAAACUUGAUGACGACGCUUGGAAUGAGGUACCAUGGAGUGAAACAUUUCUGGACAUGCGCAGUAAGGUCUUCCCGAAACCUUACUUUGACACGAAGUUCAAGAUACGUUGGGACGACGCCAGGUUGUAUAUAGGUGCUUAUAUCCAGGAGAAAGACCUCUGGGCGACCAACCAAGAACACGAUUCGAGCAUUUAUAAAGAAAAUGGGUUCGAAGUAUUAAUAGAUGUUGACGGUUCUAUGUUUAAUUAUAAACAGGCGCAAAUUAACGUCCUGGGUACAAUGUUAGAUUUGAUCCUUGCGAAAUCCCCAUACGACGCUCCAUGGGGAGAGGUCGCCAAUGUUCAGUGGCAUGCAAACGCUGAAAAAGCUGUGCACCCGGAGGGAACUGUCAACACAUCAGGUGAUACUGAUAAAUACUGGUCGGUUGAAAUAUCUCUACCUUUCCACAGCCUUGCUGAACAGUCAGUACGGCCGCAGCCAAAACCAUCAGACAAUGAAGUCUGGUUUAUACAGUUCGGCAGAUCCGAGCAAAAACUUAUUGUUAACAAUGGACACUACGAAAUUGCACCGAACUCUACAACAGACUGGUGGUCAUGGCAACCAUGCGACGCCAUCAAUUUACACUUACAGGAUCGAUGGGGUUUGGUGCAAUUUAAACGUAGCAUACAAGACAAGAAAUUUAGAUUUGACAAAUGGCAUAUUUACAAAUCUCUCUUCGAUAUGAUGAAUGCGAUGAAGAAGUAUAAAGCAAUCAACGGAUUUUACACCAAAACAAUAGAAGAGCUCGAUGUUCCGCCAUAUUUGCUUUCCCGCAUAUGCGUAGAAAUACCGGAAAUCAAACUGAUUAAAAGUGAAAACGGAACAGAUUUCGACGUCACGGUCAAAUCAAUGUUUCUGUCUCAUGCACCAGCACAUAUUCGUUCGGACAGAUAUGUUACGUUUAAAUAGCCAUACAAGUAACUGUUUUUAAUAUUCCCAUAGCUUCAUCUUUGAUUCGAAUACUGACCACAUACUGGCAUCGUUAGGAAUCGUAUACUAGGCUACUUUUAUUACAAGGGUUUUUAAAUUAAAAUCAGCCGAUAGGUAAUCACGCUCAUUAGCGCCGAGAAGUUGGCACUGACAUUGAAGAACGAAAACCGAAAUUAAAUUUCUAGCCAGCUUAAAACUUCGAGCCAGCUCGAAGAUCGAAAUUCAACAUCAAAUAUCAAUUUCGUGCUAGCUUUGAACUUCUAAACAGCUCGAAGAUCGAAAUUCGUCAUUGAAUUUCGAGCUGGAAUCGAUUUUCGGUCUUCGAUGUCAGUGCAAACUUCUCGACAUUUUACCUGUUUUGGUUUCGUUUGCGUCAGAUUUGCUCUGUGUAUUGCAGAACUUGAUAUCGAUGGAAUAUCAACAUGAAAACCGUGUCAGUUCAUGCAUAAUGUGUUCAUAUAGUGAAAAAGUGUGAUUAGAACACUGAUCCUACACGAAAUUGGGCUAAAAUAUAAAAAAAAUAAUAUCCACUUUGGACUUCCUUCGACUACACAAUGGAAGCCUUUUUUAUUACCUAUACCACGGAAGCAUAUUUUUGACCGAAUUACUGACCUUCGACUUUUCAUUUCUUUGUACGAGUCCUGAAAUUCAUAUGAAUGCAAAACUUUAACAGAAAACGUAAUGAAACGAACUUAUAUGGUUAAAAUGCUUCCUUUUUUACCUAAUUUACAUACUGAUAUUGCUGUUAGAUAACAUUUCUUCUAAAAGGAUUACGCCGGAGGCUGGCGGCUAUAUAGAUAUAUCUGUAGGUGAAAUAUUCAAAUGAUAUUUGAAAAGGAAAAACAAGAAGUUGGUAAAACGAUAAAGUUACAAGAAAGACAUCAUUUCUACAGAAACCCAUGUAAAUGCGUUUAUUAUAAUGUAGACAUGGCAGUAAGAAUUCUAGGUAAAACGCUACGUGCGUGCUGAAGUAAAGAAAUAAGCUUUGUAGGACCACAUUCGUAACAGAUCGCAUUUGUAACACGUGUUACAUAUGCGAUCGCAUUUGUAACACCUGUUACAAAUGAGAUCGCAUGUAACAGAAAUCAAGCACAUUUGUAACAAUUUUUGAGACAAAUGUGAUCGAUGCCGAUUUUUGAUGUAAAAUCUGAUCACAUUUGUCACAUGUCAUUUUCAAUCGGAAAAAUGAACAAAAAAGUGCAUUUUUACAUCUGAAACACAUUUGUAACAUGUUUUAGCUUACUUGUACGAAGUAACAAAGUAAGCUAUUGUGAUCAUCCUUUGUACGUCGUCCGUCGUCCGACCGUCCGUCCGUUCACAUUUUUCUUGUGAAU